CUGCUGUUGAGUGUAGACCCUCCUCUCAGCUCCCGCUUUGUUGUGGACUCAAAUCAAAGAUGGCGGCUGGCGCCGUUUAAACCCGGCCAUCAGCGAAGUAGACUGAUGAAACCAAGUCAGUGACUGAAAGCUGAUCAUGGAAUUUGAGGAGAUAAAACGGAAAGGUGUAAUGGAGAUGUCGGGUGUAGAGGGAGAGGUAGGUCUGGUGGCUGGUCGCAGUCAGAGGGAGAAAAGACGCUCAUACAAAGAUUUAUUGAGAGAAGAGGAAGAAAUAGCCGCACAGGUGUGCAAAACCUCUAAGAGAAGUAGUGAGGACUCUGAGUUGAUAGUCAUGGGGGGAGAUCUACAUAAAAAGAAGAAGAAGCACUCAAGUGAUGAGCACCAUAAUAGAGACCACCAUGGUUCAGGCCCUCCUCAUAAGAAGAAGCGUAAAUCCUCUGAACGCUCUCCCUUACGCUCAUCUUCAGGCUCUUCUCAGGCAGUCUCCACUACAGAUACUGCUAUGGGCCUUUUACAGGCCAUCACCUCCCCAAUGGCCACGGGGUCCGAGCCUGGCCCCAACAUUCAUAAAAAACCCUCAUACCCUUCUCACUCCUCACAUUCCUCUUCCAAAGAUCGCAAGCGUGAGGGCAGCUCCAAAAGCAGCCAGUCCUUCUCCCACUCUUUCCCUCAUUCGCGCCAUCCGAGUUCAUCGUCGUUGUCUAAGAAGCACUCUUCGUCUUCCUCGUCUUCCACUAAGUCUUCCUUGUUCCAUUCUGGAGCGGGAAGAGGUGAGCCACUUACACUGCGAGAUGGUGAGGGUCUAAAAAUGAAGCUCAUACUUUCACCCAAAGAGAAGAAUGAGUCAGGAGAGUCGAGUGAAAGAUUCCCCUUUCCUGCACAUCCAUCUUUAGGGAGCAUGGGACAUCAUUCCUCCUCUGGCAUAAAAAAAAGCGGGAUAAAGAAAGAGAAGGACAGGGAUCGAACGACGACAUCUAAGCCACCAAAGAAGAAACAGCACAGCCGAGAGGCUCUUCCCGUGGUGGGAAAAGAAGUAGAAGUCGAGGGACAGUUUGGUGGCUCUUUGACACAGGGAGGAGAGGUUUCAUCUUCUGGAGGGGAGUUAGAAGCUGGUGAACUGAUCAUUGAUGACUCAUAUACACACCUUUCAUCUAAAAAGAAGAAAAAAAGCAAAAAGAGCAAAAAGAAAAAGGAUAAAGAGAAGGACAGGGACAGGGAUAAAAGCUCAAAAGAGAAGAAGCACAACAAAGGAGGAAGUGUAGAAAAGAAAGGGUUUAAAGGGGACUCAUCCAGGAGCCACUCCCAUUCUCACAGCUCGUCCAAUCAUAGUACCUCAUUGGGGACAUAUGCUAUGGCUCCAGCAAUCAACUCGCAUCAUCCUCAUCAUCAGGGUGCUGACCUGAUAAUGGUGAAGAAAAAAAAGAAGGAGGAGAAGGAGAGGGACAAGCAUGACAAAGACAAGAAAAAGAAGAAGAGUACAACAGCUUAUCAGGUGUUCUGUAAAGAGUACAGAGCCAACAUAAAUGCGGAACAGCCUGGUCUUGUGUUUGGAGAGCUAAGCAAGAAGCUUGCUGAGGUUUGGAAGCAUCUACCUGAAAAAGAGAAGCAGGUUUGGAAGCAAAAAGCUCAGUAUCUGCAGCAUAAGCAGAUAAAAGCUGAGGCCACAACAGUCAAACAGAAGACUUCCUCGUCAGAGAACAAAAUCAAGAGCUCCAGUAAGGUUGGGGGUAUGGGGUCAGGGUUGACCACUCCAAGCCGCUCUUCUCUGACCAUCCGGGUACCAGAGGUUGACCCCAUAGAUGCUGCUGCCCAUCUGCAGCUCCUUGGGGAGUCCCUCUCUCUCAUCGGACACAGGCUACAAGAGACAGAGGGAAUGGUAGCAGUGUCUGGCAGUCUCUCUGUUCUGCUAGACUCCAUUUUGUGUGCACUUGGUCCAUUAACCUGCCUCACUGCUCAGGUCCCUCAGCUUAAUGGCUGUCCUCGCAGCGUCUUGUCGAAUACGCUGGACAACAUAGCAUACAUCAUGCCAGGACUAUGAGCCUGGAAAACAGAUGACUGUACACCAAUUGCACUUCAUAAGAACCAGGACUCGUUAAUACCAAGCUAAUUUUUAGGAGCAUGAAUCAAAAGGACAAUUUUUGACAGUUUUUAUUCUUAUUUUUUAUUAUUAUUAUUAUUAUUAUUAUUAUUAAUGACAAUGCACCAAUCAGGACUGAGAGAAAAGCAUUGGACAUUUGUAGACGUAGAAUUGUUUUAAAUCUUAAAAUAUUUCAUAUUUUUAAAAAUGUUAUUCUUUAAUAUUUUUUUUUUAAAAAGGGAUCAGAAAUCUUAUGCUAUGGACCACGUCUAUGUCAGGUUAGAUUUUAUUGUAUUAGUGUGUCCCAGUGAGCGUGUGCAUGUGUGUAUGUGUGCGCGCGCGUGUGUUUGUGAGUGUGUUUUGUGAAAAUUGCCAUACUUUUAUUAUGUAAAGAGCAAUUUAUUUUUAUGCAGAUGUGUACAGUUUUAUGUCUGGGCCCAAGGCUGUUUUUAUUUUAUUUUAUUAUUUUUAUUUUAUUUAAGUUAAUAGAAGUAAUUAGUAGUUUAACUGCAGUAGCCCUUUUACUGCCAAAAUUGUUUUAUACUUGUAAAAUGUAAUGCUAUAAUUUGUUUAUAGUAAAAGCAUGUAUGUAAUAAUUUUGAAAGUGUGACCAAAUAUGUUUUUGCCAUGCAUAGAUUUAGAAGCACAAACCUGUACAGUUCUAUAUUAAUAAUUUUCCCCAAACCAAUAAGAUGAUAAAGUUGACAUUUUUUUGAUUGCAAGUUAAUUUUUUAAACAUUUCUUUGCAGCGAUUGAUGUUUUCAACCCUUGUCAGUUAUUUGCUUGUUUAGGUUUGCACAAAGUUUUCUGCUCCACAUCAUGGAGAAAAAAAGAACAAAAAACUUUUCCCCCCUUAAAAUUAAAUGUUUUUAAUAACACCUGCAUAUUUGCACAGACAUUGGCGUCAGCUUUAAUUAAUGUAAUAGAGGGAGCCUAGACAUGGAACAAUUAUAUUAUUACUA